AUGGAUUCGAAGAAGGACGUCGACGUUGCGGAACUUCCCUCGCCAACAGCGUCUGUGGUCGACGACUAUGAUUCCAAGCCAGCGAAGGUGGCCUACAGGAAGGCCGACAUACGUAUCCUUCUCUUCUACUCCGUCGUUUACCUCUUCAUGAGAAUCAACGUCUCGAACAUCACGAAUACGGCGAUCAUCAAUAUCGAUGAAGGGGACGGCAUCAAGAAGCAGCUGGGCAAUCUCACCAGCUCCCAAUGGGCCUGGGUCAUCUCUGUGUUCUAUUUUCCCUAUAUGUUUGCCGAGCCGGCGUCGACCGUUCUCCUGAAGCACUUUUCGCCAAGCGUCUGGAUGAGUCGAAUAAUGAUUUCUUGGGGCGUCAUUUCAAUGUGUCAGGCUGCAACACAGAACUACGCCGGAAUCAUAGCGACGAGAUUCUUCCUUGGCCUCGCGGAGGCGGGAUACUACCCAGGAGUUCUGCUACAUCUGGCCUUUUGGUUUCCCGCAAAAAGCACAGCUUUGCGGAUUGCAUUCUUCUAUGCCUGCGGCCAAUUCUCCGGAACCAUUAGCGGGCUUUUGGCAUUUGCCAUAUCGUUCAUGAACGGCGCAGGAGGGUUGUCCGGAUGGCGCUGGCUAACACUCAUCGCAGGGAUCCCUGCCAUAUUGUUCGGCUGCUAUGCAUUCUUUUUGCUGCCAAACUACCCCGAGACCUCCAAAUGGCUCACGGACGGUGAACGGAAGAUCAUACUUGACAACCUUCCCAAGACGCAGCCAUCAUCGAAAGCGAAGACCUGGGACUUCGCACAGGUCAAGGCACUCUUCAAGAAUCCAACCACAAUCACCUUCACUCUCAUAUGGAUAUGUCAUGCCAUCGGUGGCUGGGGUGUCUCUACCGUCUUACCAACGGUGAUCCUCGAGCUGGGGUUGACAGGCUCUGCCAUAACGCAACUCCUGACUAUGCCUACUUAUGGUUUCGGAUGCUUCUGCCUCGUCUUCUUCGGCUGGGCAAUCCAAAGGAAAAUCUUCCAGCCCUGGAUCACAGCCAUGUGUCUCGAAGUCAUCACCUGCAUCUGCUACAUCCUCCUCAUCGUAGUGAAGAACUCCAUCGCCAAAUACUGUCUCCUCAGUAUCGCAAUCUCAUGCUCCAUCUGCAUCUACCCAAUCCUGUGGCCCGAGCGGAUCCGCGCUGCGCAUGGAACAACAACUGCUGGACUGGCGAUCGGUCUCACGAAUGCUUCUGCUCAAUUCUCAGGCUUAGUGGGCCCACAAGUGUUUCAAAGCAGGUUUGGGCCGACGUAUAAAGUCUCUUACUCGGUGUCUAUUGGGCUUCUGGCGGGCGCGAUUGUAUCGAUCGCGGCGAGCUGGUAUCUCGUGAGAAAGCAGGAUCGACGAGAUGCGGCAAAAGAGGAAAAUGUUUAUGGCCAAGCUGAGCAGUCAGGGGUUUGA